GCUGAACUUUUUGUUUCAGCAACGACUUUCUUUCCAAGCAGUUCAGUCAGCACAGAGCUCGCUGGCUGUUGCUGAGGACUGACGUGACAGGCUGGGGCUGUCUGAGCCAUGAACGGCUUCAGGGGUGCCAUCCUUAUCUGGGCAGUGGCAGUGUGGGCUAAAAUGGACACAUCUCUGGGAGAGGCAGCUGAGGCUGGAUUUCAAAAAUGCAAGAAUGCCUUAAAACUACCUGUUCUGGAAGUCCUACCAGGAGGUGGCUGGGAUAAUCUUCGGAAUGUGGACAUGGGACGGGUGAUGGACCUGACGUACACCCACUGCAAGACCACAGAGGAUGGACAGUACAUUGUCCCUGACGAGAUCUUCACCAUUCCCCAGAAACAGAGCAACCUGGAGAUGAACUCAAAAAUCCUUGAGUCCUGGGUCAAUUACCAGAGCACCACCUCUUACUCCAUCAACACGGAGCUCUCUCUUUUUUCCAAAGUCAAUGGCAAGUUCUCACCUGAGUUCCAGAGGAUAAAGAGCCUCCAGGUGAAGGAUCAAGCUGUGACUACCCAGGUUCAGCUAAGAAACCUGGUCUACACGGUCAAAAUCAACCCAGAUGCAGAACUAAGCUGGGGGUUUAAAAAGGAGCUCAUGGACAUCUCUGAACGUCUGGAGAACAACCAGACACGGAUGGCCACCUACUUGGCGGAACUCCUGGUCCUCAACUAUGGUACCCAUGUCAUCACCAGUGUGGAUGCGGGCGCUGUUCUCAUUCAGGAGGACCACAUCAGAUCCUCCUUCCUCCAGGACAGCCAGAGCAGCCACAGUGCUGUGACUUCAUCUGCUGGAAUCACCUUCCUAAACAUCGUGAACUUCAAACUUGAGGAGAGCUACACCUCCCAGAAUGACUUCACCAAGAACUACCUCUCCAACCGAACCAACUCCAGGGUGCAAAGCAUCGGAGGGCUCCCUUUUUACCCAGGCAUCACCCUCCAGGCCUGGCAGCAGGGCAUCACCAACCACCUGGUGGCCGUGGACCGUGCUGGCCUGCCUCUGCAUUUCUUCAUCAACCCCGACAGGCUGCCUGACUUGCCAGGGCCCUUGGUGAAAAAGCUGUCAAAGACGGUGGAGACAGCUGUGAGACGCUAUUACACCUUCAACACCUACCCUGGCUGCACAGAUCUCAACUCGCCUAACUUCAAUUUCCAAGCCAACAUGGAUGAUGGCUCCUGUGAGGGGAAAAUGACCAAUUUCUCCUUUGGUGGAGUUUAUCAGCAAUGCACCCAGCUCUCAGGGAAUGAGUUUGUCCAACUCUGCCAAAACUUGGAGCAGAAGAAUCCACUCACAGGUGAUUUCUCCUGCCCUUCUGGCUACUCCCCCAUCCACCUGCUGACCCAGACCCAUGAGGAGGGUUACAACCGCCUGGAGUGUUCACAGAAGUGCACUCUUCUCAUUUUCUGCAAGACGGUGUGUGAAGAUGUGUUCCGGGUGGCCAAGGCUGAGUUUAGGGCUUUUUGGUGUGUGGCCAGUGGCCAAGUGUCAGAAAACUCAGGGCUACUUUUUGGGGGCCUCUUCAGCAGUAAGAGCAUCAACCCUUUGACAAACGCACAGUCGUGUCCAGCUGGCUAUUUUCCCUUGAGACUUUUUGAGAACCUCAAGAUAUGUGCCUCGCAGGACUACGAGUUGGGAUUCCAGUUUUCGGUCCCUUUUGGCGGGUUCUUUAGCUGUGUGGUCGGGAACCCCUUGGUGGAUCCUGCCAUAUCUGGAGAUUUAGGGGUGCCUUCUCUAAAAAAGUGUCCGGGGGGUUUCAGCCAACACCUAGCCCUCAUCAGUGAUGGGUGCCAAGUAUCUUAUUGUGUCAAGUCUGGGCUUUUUACAGGAGGGUUUCUACCUCCUGCCAGGCUUCCACCUUACACCCGACCACCCCUCAUGAGUCAGGCUGCCACCAACACUGUCAUGGUGACAAAUACUGAGACUGCCAGCUCCUGGAUUAAAGAUCCCCAGACGCACCGGUGGAAGCUGGGAGAGCCGCUGGAGCUUCGCAGGGCCAUGAAGGUCAUCCAUGGGGAUGGCAGUGGCCUGUCUGGAGGAGCAGCAGCUGGGGUCACACUGGGGGUCACCACCGUCCUGGCAGCUGUCAUCGCCCUGGCCAUCUACGGCACCCGGAAGUACAAGAAGAGGGGCUACCAGGCAGUCCAGGAUGAGAGGCAGAGUUUGGUUCCAGGUGCUGCAGUGACUGGAGACGCCCUUGACCAAGGGCAGGAGCAGAGUCCAGCCUAGGUCCUCCCUGGAAACAGAUGGUCUCAUCUCCAGCCAGCCCAUCAAGUGUGUCUUUCAUUUUCCUUUCUUCACGUCUGCCUUCCUAAGUAUUGGCAUGGCAAGUGCAACCAAAAGCAGGUACAACUUUGUGACUUUCUCAGGUCUCUGGGCUAAGAAAUGAACAGAGCUACGUGGACCAGGUUGGGGGAAGGGUUGAAUAGUGGUGGUGAUUUUUUUUUUUUCUUAAGCAAACGUCAUCCUAGGGCCUAAAACAUGAGGGUGGUGUCUUUACUCUAUGUGCCUCAUCAAGUAUCUUCACCUGAAUGCUUAUGUGUAUAAGGAAGCAAGGGAGGAUGUUAACAUUUGAAUUCAGAGAUGAUGCAUUUAAUCGGAGGUCAGCCAUGGACUCCAAUUCAUGAGCUGUAAGACUUCCUUCCGUUAAGGGUUACCCUCCCACUAUUUUGUGUUUAUUUAAAGCUGUCUGGAUUUCAUGCUCCUAGAGGCGGACAAAGCCCCCAGAAGUCCUGGUUGGCUACUGCUUUUCAGCUCUGCAGGCUCCUGUUGAUGGCAUGUUUCAUUUCCUCUGGGUCAUCCCCACCACGGCAUCUGAACAGAAAGAGGGUGCCUGUACCAAGCACACGUUUUCCAACUUCUCCACAAUCCAGACUUACAUAGACCAGGCCACCCUUGGACUUCAGGCCAGUGUCACAAAGUCCUCAGGAAAUAUUUUCAGAUAUAAACUUCAAUUAAAACGUCAAGGGAGAAGAGAUGAUUGGGAGACGAGGAGUGAAUGAAGGAAGGAUGAAAGCUGGAAAAGAUUCUAGGGCUCAUGGGGAAUUGGAAUUCUUACCCACAGCCAACUCCCUGGUUUCAUCCUCUUAACUCGUCAGAAAUGGGGCCAAGAAAGGAGCUGCAGGUUUGGAUAGAUCAAGCAUUAUCACUGCAUGUUCUGUUACCAAGGCGCAAUCCCUUACUCUUCCAGGGAUGGCCAUCCCUCUUCCCAUCCCCCAUCAUAGGCACCCCACGCCCCAACACACACGCACACACACAUACACACCCCACAUUCCAACAAGAAGACUUUUUCUGGGGUAGGAGACAAGGAAAAAUACAAGAAGUCAAGGAAACCCAUACCUGAGUAUCAGCUCCUCCCUAAGACAUAAAAAGAGCAGAAAACAAUUAUUACCUUGUCUUUAUUUUUUUUUUCCCAGCAGAAAGGAGGCUUACAUGAUCAAAGCAAUGUUUUUAAAUGAAACAAAAAAGGCAUCCAACGUCAUUUGUGGUCCAUUUAUUACAGUGCCAGGCUGACUUUCCUGGGCCAUCUAGAAGGAUGCAUGAUUGUUCCUUGACAUAUGAGGCUUUGACCAAUUUAAGUAACAGUCUCACCUAGUUGUAAUUAUUAGGGUGAGCCUAUUAGUGUUCUUCCUCAAUUUUUUUUUAAGUUACAUAUUUCUUGGUGUUCCCUUGUGGGAUCUGGCAUUGUGACUGCACAGCUUGGGUUACUGCUGUGGCAGGGGUUCGAUCCCUGGCCCAGGAACUUCCAUAUGCCAUAGGCACAGCCAAAGAAGUUAUACAUUUAUUCACCAAGUCAAAUGUCAUCAGUGAGUCGUCUUUAAUGAAGGAGAAUUUGUCCUUUCCUCAUUAAUAUUUGAGAUCAAAAAUGUUAUACCAGGUCCUCCUUCAGAGGAGCUUGAAGGGUGCCAGCCUGUGAGAAUUUGGGAGAGGAUUAUCUGCCACUCUGAUACAGAGAAGUGAGUUACAGAACUGGAGCCCUGCCUUCAGCUAGGGACUCUGGUCUCUACCUCCUCUACCCCUGCUUCUGAAGCAUUAAAAAGCUCUCCUAAACUUCUGGGCGUUCUGUGGGUAUGUUUCAGCCAGGCUAACCCCUUUCCUGCCAAUACAGACUUCUCCAUGAAUUCUCUGAAGGUUACUGAGUCAGAGAGACAAAGUACAGCCAGAGGCUCCCAGCCUUUUAAUGCACUAACUACCCAUUGCAACCAAAGGUUCCUCACAAACUUACAUUUCUAAACAAUGCUGUACAUGAAUAUGCAUUAAAACCUGUACUCAAA